UUAGUGUGUAAUAAUAGUAUAAUUUCCGUAUAUUUACUAAAUUCCCGUAUAUUUACUACAAACACCAGCCCCUCCUCUCCUAUCCUGCAGAUAUCUGGAAAGUGAUAAUGUCGCCCCUUUCUGUCUCUCUCCUUCUCCUUCUCUUUGGUGCUUCCUUUGCUCAAUUUAAUAAAAAAUGUCCCCCAGAAUCUAGUGAGAGUUUGCUUGAUAGAGAUGAUGUACUAGAGUUGACACAGAAUGACUGUGACUACAGGGUAGUAAUGGGAUCCAAUGAUAAUGAUCCUGACUUUCUGGACAUUUAUUUAGAGGGCAACAGGGCAGGCUGGGUAGCUGUAGGUUUUUCAUUGGAUAGAGCAAUGGGUCACUCUGAUGUAAUGGGUUGCAAACAGGAUGAAUCUGGUAAUGUUGGAGUCAUUGAUAGUUGGAAUGGAGUCAAUCCAUCACUCGCAAACAAGAUAGACCCAAAUCAAGAAGGAAUGUGUAACUAUUCCUCAUCUUAUGCUGAUGGAAAGUUCUCAUGCUAUUUUAGUCGAUAUUAUGGCGUCAUUAAUGAAGGAUUUGAUUAUGAUCUUCACAAUCGUUAUUAUAUCCUUCUAGGAUGCAGCACCACAAAGAGUGACUUAGAUGUUAAUUUCCCUUACCACCAGCCAAACUUCCCAGCAAUAUCAGAUUCGAUGCUUCAUCCGUUUGGAAAUGGUACAGACACAGCCAGUGGAAAACCAACCUUUGAAAAGAGAAUGAUCAGAGCUCAUGGAGUAUUAAUGGUGAUAGCAUACCCAGUGUUGCUCCUAACUGCAGUCUUCUUUGCUGCCUGGAUGAAGCCAACAAUGCCUAAGAUGUGGUUCCAGGUUCAUCGAGCACUGACUUUAGCUUCUCUGGUUGUUUCACUGACUGCAUUUGCUGUUGUUUUCAUAGCCAAUAAGAACAAUCCAACACCUGGCAUUAUUAACCUUCAUGACUGUGGAACUAAAACUACUCACUUUGCGUUUGGUAUAAUUGCAGUGUUUCUUCACGUCCUUAAUCCUCUCAUUGCUAUAAUUAGAUGCAAACCAGACAACCCAAAUCGAUGGAUAUUCAAUUUGGUUCAUGGUGCUGGGAUUGGUCUAUUGACUGAAAUCAUUGGAUUGAUCAACAUUGGACUGGGUGCUGCUAUAUUCCAGACCAACUGUGCCACUGUUAGCAGUACUAAUGUCAUGCUAUGGCUCUAUAUUGCAUGGAUAGUCAUUGUACUGGGAACCCAGUCCUUCCUCUACAUAUACUUCACAUACAAGGCACUCAGGGGAGAGGUUGAUAAUGCCCCAUUGCUUGUUAAAGUCCUGCUUACUAAAAUUAUAAUACGAUCCAGUUAUCAAAGUUUGAAUGAAGACACCAAAAGUGACCCAGAAGAGUCCAAAGCAGAUAAUGUUAUACGCUACAGUGUACUCUGCUUCCAGUUAGCCACCACACUGAUAAUAGCUCUCAUUAUGAUUGUCUUCAUUAUUGACCUGGACUUUGAGUAGCUAUUUUAUUGUUAUUAUUAAUAAAAUGACAAUAACAAUUAUUAUUAUUAUUUAAUGUUAUUAUUAUUUUGCUAUCAUUCUGGCUUUUUGCUGAUUUUUGCUAGCACCUGUUGUUCUGUUAAAGGUCUAUUUCUUUAAAA